GCCCCCAAUCGGAAUUGCAGUUAGUUAGAGAGAGUGAAGAAAAAUAAAACAAUAAAAAAAAUAAACUGACAGUAACAGAUAGCGAAACAACCAAACCAACAACCGCCAUGACCGAAAAAGACCGCUCCGCCGAACCAACCCUCCGCAAUGGCGUCGACGCCGGAGAGGACUUCCAACUCAUCGGAGGCGAUGCUGAGGUCGCGGUCGUAGGCGACGGCUCCGUGGCCGGGAGAGUGAAGGGACCGUGGUCGCCGGAGGAGGACGAGGUGCUCAGCCGAUUGGUGGCGCAGUUCGGGGCCAGGAACUGGAGCAUGAUUGCGCGGGGAGUGCCGGGACGCUCCGGCAAGUCGUGCCGGCUCCGGUGGUGUAAUCAGCUGGACCCUUGCGUGAAACGCAAGCCCUUCACUGAGGAAGAGGACAACAUCAUAGUUUCAGCCCAUGCAAUCCACGGAAACAAAUGGGCAGCAAUUGCUAGGCUUCUUCCAGGUAGAACAGACAAUGCGAUCAAGAAUCACUGGAAUUCUACGCUGAAGCGCAGGUGUAUGGAACUGGGAAGAUAUGUCCCAGCACAUCCUGAUGUGAUUGAAGAUGGUAGCUAUGAAAAAGCAAAAGCAUCCUCUGAAGAAACCAUGUCAAUUGGGGAUAUCAAUUCAUUGAAUCCUGCAGAAAUCAGAAAUGUCUUGAUGGAUAAUGAAAAUAAAACUCCAAGAGAAAAUGAUGCUAAAGUUGAGGAACAUCCUACCCUUUAUAGACCAGUAGCACGUAUUAGUGCAUUUAGUGUUUAUAAUCCUCCAGGCAGGCCAACAACUGGAUCAUGUUCAAAGAUAUUCCCAAGGCAGAGCCCUUUGAUAGUAUCCCCCAAACCAGACGUAGGAUCCUGCAAGUUAUUUGAUGGUAUUGAUUGUGAGCCCAUGGUUCCAUUGCAAUGUGGUCAUGGCUGCUGCGCAGCAGACUCAAGGGAAAGCCAUUCACAUGGUUCACUUCUAGGUCCCGAGUUUGUUGACUAUUUGGAGUCACCUUCUUUCUCUAGUCAUGCAUUGAUUUCAAUAGCCACCGACUUAAACAAUAUAGCUUGGAUCAAGAGUGGCCUUGAUAAUUGUAGUGCUGGAGUAACUGAUAAUACUGCAAACUUGACAGCAUCUCAAGGGGUUGCCACUGCUUCGCAAACAAACUUCUUACGACAAGAUCUUAGGAAUGGCUACGGGCAAUUUGAGGAGGGACCAAGCAAUUUUUUGGGUGCGAUGCAAGAAGUGUUAUCAACAAAGAUGGCUAGGCAACAUUUAGCAAUGCCUGCGGAAGUUUGACUCUAACUAAGCUUCCUCGUGGGAUUUUUUGUUGUUGUUGUUGUAAGUUUUGAAAAAGCAAGUAGAUUUCAAUCUUCAUCUGUAGCAUUUUGUGGUGGGUGGAUAGAUCGAUCAUAGAUGGUAUAAGUCUGUUUCACUAGAGUCAAUCGCACCGUAUAUAGAGCAUCAACUUUAUUGAGUGAAUAGCUCUUUUCGGCUUUUAUCGACUUGCAGAGUUUCCUUCAA